AUGGCCCAGUUGGACCUUGUUGAAGGAGAAAUGAGAAGGCGAGACUGGUACCAGUGUGACGAUACUGCAGUCAAUGAGCAAUCGGAACCUGAUCCUAAGAGGCAAUGUAUUGAACAUGCAUGGACAACCCAAGAAGAUCCGUACUCAUUUCCAAGCCUUGGGGGAAUAACCCAAACUCAGGAUGUUGAAUGGUCCCGCAGACUGGAUAAUACCUGGGCUGAGGCUCAAGAUUUGGCACCUGUUAGCAAUUCUGAGCCCAUGGAUGUGGAUUUAGAUUUCUUCAACGUGGAAAAUGAGCCACUCCCAUCUUUUGGUCUUUCUUUAGAUCUUGUCCAGCAACCAUCCGGCCCUUGUCUUCGAAUUUCUGAGCCUCCAGAUGCGAAUAAAUCCUUUCCUACGCCAAAUUCCGACUGCAAUUUUCAAGAUGUUCAGGGGAAGGAUAAGCGGGUUGGCUUUCAAGAUUUUGAGCUCACGGAUAUCUUUAACGUCGAAAAUGACCAACCCCCAUUCCUUGAUCAUUCUUUGGAUCUUGCCCAGAAAUUCUCCGGCUCAUGCCUCCAUAUUCCGGAAGCUUCAGAUGCAAAUCAAUACGUCCCUACGCCAAAUUCUGACUGCAAUCAUUCAGAUGUACAACCGGAAAUGAUCGUCACUCCAGGUACCUUUUCGGAAGACGCAGUUUCCACUUCCCAGAACCUUCUCCCUAGGUCCUAUGAUACCUGCUUCGGAAUGAUCAUCACAAGCGCCUCUUGUCAUAGCUUGCCUAAGGAAACAGGAGAUUUCAUCCCAGUGAGCGUCCAACAACUUGGUGACAUUUUGAAGUUAUUUGGCGGCAAACCCAAUCACAAUGUGGGCUUUCUAAAUUCACUAACACUGGGAAAACUUGCACGCGAGUAUACUGUCACUUUCUCUGCCAAGUGCGAGAAGACUGAAAACCCCAAAAACAAGAGGCAAACUCUGGGUCAUAAAGAUACGCUGGUACAUAUAGUGAUAUACGGACUCAGCGAGGAGAUGAAUGCUGUUGGAAACCUUCUCUCCGAGGGUGGUCUGUUUCUCCAGCAUCCAAGUCACAGUGACGCCUCCGUGCCUUACAAGAAUCCUCAGUUUUUGAUGGCACCAGGGACCGAAAUGCCACGAAUUGAGGACCUAGGCAAUGACUCUUCUCCAAAUAUGAUGACAAUAAACCAGUGCUUGGGCAAAGAGUGGGCCAACGAAGUAUUCCAAGCUUUCGAAACCGUGGAUGGUCCAGCCAAAUUUGCCCCUGUUGAAUCAAGCCCGCGGCUGCAGACAAAGCUCAAGGAGCAUCAAAUCAAGGCUCUUUCUAUGAUGACUGAAAAAGAACGUGGUGUCAUCGAAGAGGCAGAUUUCCCAUCUCUAUGGGAGGUUCUGCGCGACUUUGAUGCACUCAUUGCGUGGUACCUUGAUAGUUUGCCUUUUCCGAGGACGGAACCGAGCACGACACUCAUCAUCACGACACUAUCUACGAUUUCCGGGUGGGAACAACAGAUUUCACGCCACUUCCGGCCAGGGCAGAUCCGCACAGCCGUGUUUCAUGGCCCACAUCGACGCAAGCUGAUAUCGGGACUAUUGAAUCAUGAUAUUGUCAUAACCACCUAUGACACUUUGCGCAGCGAAUGGUCAAGUAGGACAGAAAACAGUGUCCUAUUUUCCAAUCCACAGGGAUGGGCUCGGGUGGUUCUUGAUGAAGAUCCAGCUCAUCAUAUCCGCUCUCAUACGUCGCAAAUCUUCCAGGCUACAUGCCGACUUCACGCCCGGUAUCGUUGGUGUCUUACAGGAACCCCAAUUCACAAUGGAUUAGACGACUAUGCAGCACUGAUUUCUUUCGUUGGAGUACCUCCAUUCACUGGUCCGUACGGAACAACCGCGUUUGCGACAUGGUUGAAGAACCCCAUACAUACCCACGGCGAGAAUACACUAGGAAUCAAGCGCCUGCGAAAGCUAAUUGCUGCGACCUGUCUCCGACGAACGAAAAACCACGUGCAAGAUCAACUAAAACUUACACUUCGUGUCGAAAAAGAACAGCUUGUUGAGUUGGGUUCGGAAGAGCGGAGUCUCUACGAUUUCUUUAAAUUCCGGGCUUCCUCUCUUGUCGUCGGAAAUCUCACUCGGCGCUCGCAGGUGGAUAAGGCGCGCUGGGGAACUAUGCUCUCCCUGAUCGGUCUUUUGAGACUUACUUGCAACCACGGGGAGCAACUAUUACCUGCAGUAGCAACAGAUCUAUAUCACAGUCGGACCUUGUCGGUUAUGAAUUUUCAAGGUGACGCAAACGACUUUGAACUUGAAGGAUUAGAUGAUCCUCCUAUAAGUCUCACGCCUGACUUUCCAUUGGCCCCAAACCCCCCAAAUGAGGCGAUCAAAGCAAAUUAUCGUCCCUCGUCAAAAGUCAAUGCACUAUUACAGAACCUUCAGAAUGAGCAACGUGGAAAUCAUCUGCUCUCUAAAGAGCGACCCAUCAAGAGUGUCAUCUUCAGUUUCUGGACAAAGAUGCUUGACCUUCUUGAAUUUGCACUACAAGCAAAUAAUUUUGUUUUCCAGCGUAUUGAUGGCAAAAUGUCCCUUGAACAGAGAUCAUUGGCUCUAACGAGGCUCAGUGAGGACUCAAGUUGUACCGUGAUGCUUGCCAGCAUUGGAAGUGUUGCAGAAGGAGUCGAUCUUACAGCAGCCAGUUGUGUACACAUGAUUGAGCCACAGUGGAAUCCUAUGGUUGAGGCACAGGCUCUUGAUCGAGUGCACCGCAUUGGUCAAGUUCGCGAUGUGACAGUAACUCGCUAUAUUGUGAAGGACUCUAUAGAACUGUACGUUCAGGCGAUUCAACAAAAUAAAUUGAAGCUAGUUCAGCAAUCUUUCAACGACAAGAUUCCGGAUCAAUUGACUCUAAGUGAGAGUCGAUUCCAGAAACUGUUAGAGGUGCUUGAAUAA